CUAGGCCGCGGCGCCCGCCGGAGCGGAGAGGGCUGGUGCCCCGGAGCCUUCGAGUCGGGGGCUAGAGCGGCCAGGCCUCCGAGCCGGGUCGAGCCGAGGCUGGCGACGGCUGCGUCACGCGAGGGGGCGGGGCUGCCACGGGCGGAGGUCGCAGCCGGAAGCGGAAGAGGCGCUCGGAGCGGGGAGUGGGGCCUAGCUGCAGCCGGAGCCUGGGAGACGAUGCAUCACUGUAAGCGAUACCGCUCCCCUGAACCAGACCCGUACCUGAGCUACCGAUGGAAGAGGAGGAGGUCCUACAGUCGGGAACAUGAAGGGAGACUGCGAUACCCGUCCCGAAGGGAGCCUCCCCCACGAAGAUCUCGGUCCAGAAGCAAGGACCCAGCUGACCAGCGUCCCCAUCCCCCUUUUGGCAGCCAUGACCGCCUGCCCUACCAGAGGAGGUACCGGGAGCGCCGUGACAGCGAUACAUACCGGUGUGAAGAGCGGAGCCCAUCCUUUGGAGAGGACUACUAUGGAUCUUCACGUUCUCGUCAUCGUCGGCGAUCGCGGGAGAGGGGGCCAUACCGGACCCGCAAGCAUGCCCACCACUGCCACAAACGCCGCACCAGGUCUUGUAGCAGCGCCUCCUCGAGAAGCCAACAGAGCAGUAAGCGCAGCAGCCGGAGUGUGGAAGAUGACAAGGAGGGUCACCUGGUGUGCCGGAUCGGCGAUUGGCUCCAAGAGCGAUAUGAGAUUGUGGGGAACCUGGGUGAAGGCACCUUUGGCAAGGUGGUGGAGUGCUUGGACCAUGCCAGAGGGAAGUCUCAGGUUGCUCUGAAGAUCAUCCGCAACGUGGGCAAGUACCGGGAGGCUGCCCGGCUAGAAAUCAACGUGCUCAAAAAAAUCAAGGAGAAGGACAAAGAAAACAAGUUCCUGUGUGUCUUGAUGUCUGACUGGUUCAACUUCCACGGUCACAUGUGCAUCGCCUUUGAGCUCCUGGGCAAGAACACCUUUGAGUUCCUGAAGGAGAAUAACUUCCAGCCUUACCCCCUACCACAUGUCCGGCACAUGGCCUACCAGCUCUGCCACGCCCUUAGAUUUCUGCAUGAGAAUCAGCUGACCCAUACAGACUUGAAACCAGAGAACAUCCUGUUUGUGAAUUCUGAGUUUGAAACCCUCUACAAUGAGCACAAGAGCUGUGAGGAGAAGUCAGUGAAGAACACCAGCAUCCGAGUGGCUGACUUUGGCAGUGCCACAUUUGACCAUGAGCACCACACAACCAUUGUGGCCACCCGUCACUAUCGCCCGCCUGAGGUGAUCCUUGAGCUGGGCUGGGCACAGCCCUGUGACGUCUGGAGCAUUGGCUGCAUUCUCUUUGAGUACUACCGGGGCUUCACACUCUUCCAGACCCACGAAAACCGAGAGCACCUGGUGAUGAUGGAGAAGAUCCUAGGGCCCAUCCCAUCACACAUGAUCCACCGUACCAGGAAGCAGAAAUAUUUCUACAAAGGGGGCCUAGUUUGGGAUGAGAACAGCUCUGACGGCCGGUAUGUGAAGGAGAACUGCAAACCUCUGAAGAGUUACAUGCUCCAAGACUCCCUGGAGCACGUGCAGCUGUUUGACCUGAUGAGGAGGAUGUUAGAAUUUGACCCUGCCCAGCGCAUCACACUGGCCGAGGCCCUGCUGCACCCCUUCUUUGCUGGCCUGACCCCUGAGGAGCGGUCCUUCCACACCAGCCGCAACCCAAGCAGAUGACAGGCACAGGCCACCGCAUGAGGAGAUGGAGGGCGGGACUGGGCCGCCCAGCCCCUUGACUCCAGCCUCGACCACCAGGCCCCAGGCCAGAGCCACCCAAUGAACAGUGCAAUGUGAAGGAAGGCAGGAGCCUGCAGGGGAGCAGACUUGGUGCCCAGCUGCCAGAAAGCACAGAUUUGACCCAAGCUAUUUAUAUGUUAUAAAGUUAUAAUAAAGUGUUUCUUACUGUUUGUAA